AUGUCGGGUAAGGGUAAAUCGAACAAGAGACCGUCAAAUAGUGUCCUUAAUUAUUUCAAAAGAAUAAGAAGUGUUCAGAGUGGUGAGGAUGAGGCGGAGAUUUCUAAUACCACCACCACACAAUCACAAAAUUCCAUUGAAAUAAGUUCUUGUUCUAAGGCUAGCACUGAUAGUAUCAGCAUUAGCCAAACAAUCGCCAUCGCUUCUGGACCAGGACCAUCAAGGGAUCUUGGCAAUAAUAAGACAACUGAAACUGAGAUUGAAGGAGAUAGCGGAUGUAUCGGAAGCAUUAGCAAUAAUGAUAUUGGUUUACAUCUAGCGAAUAUUGGCGGUAUUGAUGAUGCCACUCGCUACAAAUUAUUGAAAAAUCAUUGGAUGCCCGAUGCAAAUUUCAAUUUUCCUUUUUCAUUUCAUAACAAGAGAGGCCGUGAAGAAAGACGCAGGGCCAAUCACAGCCAUUUCGAAAAACACAAUUGGUUGGUUUUAUCCAGAGAAAAACAAGGCUUAUUAUGCAAGUAUUGUGCCCUGUUCUCGGAAGAAUUAGUCGGUGGUCGUAGUCGUUACACGCAUAAUGUUAUGCCACGAAAGCUGGUCAAGGUUCCUUUAUUCAACUUUUCCAAGCUCACUGAAACAUUCACAGAAAUAUUGGAGUGGAACGAUAAUACUUCUUCAUCUAAAGCCAAUAUUUUACUUAAAUCAUUAUGCGAUUGCGAGUUCAUACUAACCAUGUUUUGUUUAUCGGACAUAUUUAGCAUCACUUUACCCCUUAGCAAAUAUCUUCAAGGUUGCAAUAUUGACCUAAAUUCAGCAUCGAACAAAAUAAAAGAUCUUGUCAAAGUCCUAAAAAAAAAAAAACGUGCAGAUGCCGAUGAUUACUUCACGUCAGUAAUUGUUAGACAGGCCAAAGAAACCCUUCAAAAACUAGAUGUAGAUCUUAAAUGUCCUCGACUCUGUGGUAGACAAACAAAGAGGGAUACGUUUUCCGAUUUCAAAGAGAUAUCACCCAUUGAUUAUUGGAAGCGAGUCUUAUUUAUUCCGAUUUUGGACAAUUUAAUUGUCGAUCUAAAAAGUCGUUUCAAUGAGAGUGAUAUUUCUAUUUGUGGCUUAAAUGUAUUAAUUCCCAAUACCCUCAAACAAAUAUCUGAUAAUGAAGUAUUAACUAACCAUUUACAGACCUUAUUAAGAAACUUUGGCGAACUAUUAGGAAGUCCUUCACUAAUGCAGUUCAUGGGCGAGGUACUAUUAUAUAAAGAGAGUUCAUCUGCCACGGAUAAUGCUCUUGAAGCUUUUAGAAACUAGAAUUUAUUUAUCGCCAUCAUGGACAUCUACAAUUUUAAAAUCAAUCAUUUAUUGGAAGCUGAAUUAGAUUACGAAUUGAAAAUUCGGUCAAUUCAUUCUGUAAAACCUGUGAGUGACAAGAGGAAAAUGUUUACUAGAUUGGCGGCUAGAGAAAGAGUGUUACCUGGCAGUGAGAUCGAUAUGGCUGAAUAUGUUCUGACUCAUUCGAUUACUCCUUUAAAGGAAAAGGAAGGUAUAGCUGAUACUAUGGACUCAAUUGAAACUUUAAUUGAUGCAUUCGAUGGUGACGCUACAGAUUCAGUCUUUCGUCGAGUUAUGUCUCGUUUAAAUCAUGUGAGAGGUCGAAUUCAGCGAAUUUCUCAGGUUGAUCCACAAGAUAAUUCUUUGAAAAAAUAUAUCCAAGAAACUUACGGCGAAUGUUUGAAAUUGGAAGGUGAUUUACAUGAAAAGCUGGCUGUUCCUGUUCAACCAGUACCUGAUCCGCCGUUUUACCAGUUUUACUUGAAAGUGUCAACUCAAAUGGAAUUUGAAACGGGAGCUGGACUUAGCAGUUUACCAUAUAAAUUUUACAACGAAAAGUUGAGUCAUAUUCCAUUGAAGGAGACUAAUAUACGCUUGAGAACUUAUUCAGGUAAAAUUGUUAUCCCUGAAGGGAAAAUUUUACUCACUGUUACUAUUCAAGUUUGUUUUGGUUACGGUAUGUCUGAAUCUGUGGGAGUCCUGGGAGGAAGUAUGAUGCAGUGUGAGGAUAACCCAGAAGACACUGCUGGAUUGCUUCUGGAGGUUAUCCAAACCUACGAAUUUUUAUAUGAUUUAAGAAACAAAGAAUACAAAAAUAAUAAGAAGAAGGAGGAUGCUUGGAAAGAAAUCGCGUUUGAAAAACAGUUUCUUCAUUGUUUUCUAGUUGAUCAUUGCCAGAAACUCUGGAAGUCGUUGAGGGACCACUAUACGAGGGAAAAAAGGGAAGCAGGCAGAUCAGGGGCUGCAGCUGCUGAAUCCAAGUGGGUAAACUUUUCUAAAAUGACCUUUUAUGAAAAAUAUACUAAACCUAGGCAAACAUUCACAACCAUUUCGAAGCCAUGUUCUGCAGCAAGCAGUCGCGCUGCUUCAUCGUGCAGCACCAUCAGCUCGGGGACUUCAAUAUGGAGCACGCUUCUGUCUCCAGAGCCUCAGCAGCAGGAAGAAUCUGAAUCUCUCCCAGUCAUUAGCGAGGCAGAAGAGGGAGCGACCAACCCAACAUUGGAGGAAGCGUCGCAGGAUCCUGGUCCAUCUAAGAUUAGACAAAAACGUUCAAUUUUGGAAACACCCCAAAGUCCCCAAACCUCAACAUCAACAAGUGAACAUCCAAAGAAACCAAAUAAGGCCAAAUGA